AACAAAAAAUACUUGAGAGAGGAUAAACCAAAGGCAAAUUCUCACUCUCUACUGGUUACACUUCACAAGUCUCACAAUCUCUCGUUCCUCUAAACAUCUUUAAUAUUAGUCAAUAAUAUCUGAUGAAAUUUACUUUGAAUUUUUUUCAAGAAUGAACAACCUUACCUUUGACAAAACCUUAACGCCCAACCCCUUCUUGUCAGUUUCAUCUUUACACAAUUCAAGAAUCUCAAAAUCCCUUUUCCCCCCAAAAAAAUCCAAUAAAGCUACUAUUUUUCCUUGUAAACAUGAUAAGUCAAGCUCCCUAACAAAUGGGUUCUUAUCAAGAACACAUUUUUUACCCAAAAAAUCCAAGAAAGUUAUUGUUUUUGCUUAUGAUAAUGAUAAUUCAAGCUCAAUAACAAGUGGGGUUUUUUCAAGAACUCAUCUUUUACCCAGCAAAUCCAAGAAAGUUUCUGUUUUUGCUGAUAAAUAUGAUAAAUGCAGCUCAAUUACAAGUGGGGUUUUGUCAAGAACUGGUUUUUAUGGCAGAAAGAGCAAGAAAGUUGUUGUUUUUGCUUCUAAAGAGGAUGAUAGGAGUAGUAAUAAGCUUGACCAGUGGGACCAAAUGGAGCUCAAAUUUGGCAGAUUGAUUGGAGAAGACCCAAAAUUGACCAUAGCUAAGAUAGUAAGUAGGAAGACAAACCCGGAUGCAUCUUAUCUUGAAAUCGAAGAGUCAUUUGAAAAGAAGAAGGGUAAAACAUCUGGUGAAAUUGUGGAGGUUCCAUUUGACGGGUCCAAGGAAAAGAAUUCUCUCAAUUCAUCAAAUGGAUUAAAUUUGGUUCGCCCCGUGCCCAAGAAGGGAGUUAAGUUCGAGGUUGAUGAUAAACCCCUAAAGACUGAGGGUGAUAAACAAAGCCAACCAAUUUCAAGGCCUGCAGUAAGUAGGAGAAAUAGUGUUCCAAAUGUUAUGUUGCGGAAACCGCUAGAGACCGUGGGUGAUAAUAAACAAAGCCAACCAAUUUCAGUACCUGCAGUAAGUAGGAAAAGUAGUGUUCCAAAUGUUAUAUUGCGGAAACCAUCUUUGUAUUCUGAGGAUGAUGAAUCAUCGAAUUUCAAAAUUAGGCCAAACUUGACACUCAAAAUGAGCAAAGAACCGAAAUCUGAGAAGUUUAGUGAUGUUACAUUGUUGAAGAAGCCGGAGCCAAUGAGGAUCAACUCCGUCAGUAGUGAAAACAAUGGACAAUCGAGCGAUAAGUUUAGUGAUGCUGCAUUGUUGAAGAAGCCGGAGCCGAUGACGAUGAGUAUCAACUCCGACAAUAGUGAAAAGAAUGGACAAUCAAGCGAUAUCUUACCUGUAGCUAGCGACGACACUACAGAUUCUAGUCUAACUGCAGUGUAUGCAUCAACUAAUGAAUCCAAAAACAGCUUGCUUCUGAAUAAGCCAGAGUCUAGUAAUUUAAAUCUGAAGAUAGAUCCAAACCAAGAAUCUUCCGAGGAUCAGCGUGCUAGUGUUUUGGAUGAAAGUACGUCGAAUGCUGCUAACGUUUCUUCUGAGCAUAAACUUGACCAACCGUUACAAAGUAGCAUAAGUAAUCCUCUUGAGGAGCAAGGCUCAGAGACAGGAUUCCAGCAGACUGAAUCUUUGGAUGCUGCGCUUCUCGGAAAACCCAAAAGAUUAGACCAACCUAAAAAGGCAACAUCAAGUGUUAGUCAAGAGGCAAUGCGUCGUGUCAAAUCAGAGGGCUACGGAAAUGCUUCAGAGAUUGACAACUUCCUGGCAAAAUCACCCAUUAAGGAACACGAGGAUAAUGACUGGGUAAGAGCUGAAGAGCUUGUUAAGAGUGGAGGAAGAGAUGAAGUGGAACUAGUCAGCUGUAGCACCAGAGGCUUUGUUGUAUCUUUUGGUUCCUUGAUAGGAUUUUUGCCAUACCGCAAUCUAGCAGCGAGGUGGAAAUUCUUAGCUUUUGAAUCCUGGUUAAGGGAAAAAGGCUUAAAUCCAUCCCUGUACAAGCAAGGUUUGGGGAUCAUUGGAGGACAUGAUGGUUUUGGUAAGGCAGCUUUUCCUGAGGCCGGCCUAGAUCUGCAAAUUGCUCAAAAUGUCGAGGAGAUCUCGUCAGAGAUGAAACUUGAAGAUCUUCUCAGGAUUUAUGACCAAGAGAAGCUAAAAUUCUUAUCAUCAUUUGUUGGUCAGAGGGUCAGAGUAAGUGUGGUGUUGGCUGACAGAAAUUCCAGAAGGCUAAUAUUCUCGAUAAAGGCGAAAGAAAAGGAAGAAUUGGUCGAGAAGAAGAGGAUCCUUAUGGCUAAACUUCAGGUUGGGGACGUGGUAAAAUGUUGCAUACAAAAAAUUACCUACUUCGGGAUAUUCGUUGAGGUUGAAGGAGUACCUGCUCUAAUUCACCAGACAGAAGUCUCAUGGGACGCCACUUUAGACCCUGUGUCGUACUUUAAAAUUGGUCAGAUUGUGGAGGCAAAAGUUCACCAGUUAAACUUUUCACUUGAGCGCAUCUUUUUGUCGUUGAAGGAAAUAAUGCCAGAUCCGAUGAUGGAGGCGUUGGAGGCUGUAGUUGGUGAUCAUGAUAAUUUGAAUGGAAAACUCCAAGCAGCGGAGCAAGAUACUGAGUGGCCGGAUGUGGAAUCACUUAUCAAAGAAUUACAGCAGUUUGAGGGUAUUUCCUCUGUGUCAAAAGGACGGUACUUUAUGAGCCCUGGUUUGGCUCCAACAUUUCAGGUAUAUAUGGCAUCCAUGUUUGAAAAUCAAUACAAGUUACUUGCUCGGUCGGGAAAUAGGGUACAAGAGGUGAUAGUAGAAACAUUAUUGGGUAAAGAGGAGAUGAAAUCUGCAAUUCAAUCUUGUACAAACAAAGUUGAAUAAUCAAUCAAAAAAUAAUAAUACUAAGAAAGUGACCAAUCUUUCUAUGGAGGCGGCGAACGGAUGGUAAGGCAAUGAAGCCAAACAAGCAGCUUUUGUAAAAUAAGGUGCAGAUAUAACAGCAGAAGGGGAGAAAAGAAAUUACCGAGGUGGUAUCCUAUUUCGAUCACAAAUGAUAUCGGUUUAUUGUUUAAUCCUUUGAUAUCAGGUGAGCUGAGUUGAGAGUGGAUUCACUAUAAUUUUGGUUAUUUUUCCUUUAUCUUGUUUGUUGAUAUAUAUUUUUCUUUUUCUGAUGAGUUAGGAGCUUAUGUAAGGUCUAUGGCAUACUUAAUGUUUACCAAAUUGAGGUGCUUUCUGUUAUGGCAAAAGAAGGGAAUGAUUAGGAACUAUAUAUGGCCAUCUACAUACCUCACCAAGUUAUGUUAAUCAGCUUAAAAGAUAAUACUUGCAGCAAGGUAGUGUCAUUACAUGAUUCUUUUUGGCCAGAAGUUUGAAAUUGUAGGUGGAGUUUUAUCAUCUGAUUGAGAAUCCA